AACUGCUUAUAACAUCAUAACGUAAAUACUGCUGAUGCUGGGUGAUAUGAGGGAGUUGUUGAUUUUCAUUUAUCCGUUUUUGUGCAUUAAAUAUUGAAAUAUACCGCAAUGGGAACACCAUCAUCAGAAAUCAUUACUAUUGAUGGCGGAGUUAUGGAAGGAGGUGGACAAAUUUUGAGGAUGGCAAUGGCAUUUAGUACUUUACUUCGGAAACCAAUACGUGUUACCAACAUAAGAGCAGGUCGCAGUAACCCAGGACUAAGACCUCAGCAUUUAACAGGACUACAGCUCGUCCGUGAUCUCUGUGGAGGACGGCUCAAGGGAGGUGAAAUUGGCUCAACAGAUAUAUCCUUCUACCCCGGACCUGUGAAGUCAGGAGAGUUUGUUGCUAAUACGGGCACAGCAGGGAGUAUCUGCCUCAUAUUGCAGAUAGCUUUACCUUGUUUGGUGUUCAGCAUUGAAGCCUCAACUAUUAUGAUCAAAGGAGGCACCGAUGUUACUAGUUCUCCCCCGUUUGACCAUUACUUAAUGGUCUUUAAACCUAUCCUGGAGAAGUUUGGGGUGAAAUUUGAUUGUAAUAUCGUGAGAAGAGGUUAUUAUCCAAAGGGUGGAGGUGAAGUUGUUGUAAAGACAUCUCCUGUGGCCUCCUUUUUACAGCCUGUAGAUAUUGUUACAGCUGGCCAGGUCACUCAUUUCUCAGGACGGUCUUUUGUUGCUGGUGUUCUUCCAAUAAAGGUAGCUCAUGCUAUGGCUGAUAGUGCAUCACGUGUUCUUCGUCAAGCCUAUCCUGGUGUUCCUCUCAAGAUCGACAGGAUAAAAGAACCAUCAGAGGUAGCGGUUGGGAAUGGAAGUGGAAUCGUAAUAAUGGCUGAAACCUCAACGGGCUGUCUAUUAGGAGGGUCAGCUCUUGGAAGGAAAGGAGAAAGUGCAGAGAAAGUAGGAGAAGCAGCAGCUAAAGAACUCCUUGAUGAUCUUAACUGUGGAGGAUGUGUAGAUCAUCAUCUCCAAGAUCAGCUUAUUAUCUUCAUGGCUUUGGCAAAGGGUGAAUCCAGGAUUAAAACUGGACCAGUAACUUUACACACUGAAACUGCAAUCUACGUGGUCCAGUUGUUAACAGAGGCCAAGUUCAACUUAGUCAAAGACGAAGUCCACAAUUCCUGUAUCAUUGAAUGUCAAGGUAUUGGCCUACAACAAAGCAGUGACUGACAAGUUAUUGAAUGCUAUUUCCUGUAUCUUCUGAUGUAAACCCAAAAAUUAAAAUCAACUGUGUUUUGAUGCCGGUGUUUCCCCAUCCCUCCAUGCUUGAAAAAAAAUCAGUCUUAAGUUUUGUAGAAAAAAAAAA